UUUAUGACUAGCAUUAAUUACUGUUAAAAGGAAUAAAAAGUUAAACUCAAUCAACAACAUUUGUUGCAUAAUGCUGAUAACCAUUAAUUUUUUUUUUCAUCUUGUCCCUCCUUUUUGUAAAAAAAAGGGCAAAAAUCUGGGUUACAGUGAGGCACUUACAAUGGAAGUGAAUGGGACCAAUCUGUAAACGUAAUACAGUAAUACCCACUGUUUCAAAAGUAUAUCCACAAGACAUAAUUUUGGUGUAAUAAAAUCACUUACUAAUGUUUUCUGUGUAGUUUUAUCCAAUUUUACAACUUCGUUGCCAUGACCGGCAUAAACCCCAAAACUAUUGUAAAAACGACAAUUUAAACAACUUUACAGCUCCUAUAAUACACAUGUUUUAACAGAAGAAUUAGUGCUUUUAUAAAGUUAUAACUUCCCAUAAGCAUGCAAAAAUCAGCCCCAAUCACUUCCAUUGCAAGUGCGAGUGCCUCACUGUAACCUUGAUUAUUGAUUCUUGCUGUCGAACUUGUAUUGAACCUAGAACCCACUACAAAUUAAUGAUUCUCCAAAUUACGUUGCAAGCGUGCGCUCCAAACGAAGCAUUUAAGUUCCUUUCCUCAUAGUUACUUGUGUGAGCUUGAUGUGUGUGUUAGUGCGGGCGUGUGCGGGUAAGGGAAUGUGGGUGUCGCUCUCGUCGCUGUGUAGAAUAAUUAUAUUGAGACAAGAGAGGCAUUUUCUGACUGGUGGCUCCAGAAGACUCAACAACUCAAGAUUGGAGUGCUGCUGUGCUUUGGUCUGUAAUAGGGGUCCCGUUAACGGAUUUCAUCGGAAUUUUCGACAGGUUGUACUAGUGCACAAUGUGGAUACAAUGUAUCCAAACAUGAUACGCUGUCUCCAGAUCUGCAAUCCUGAACUCUUAAGUGGACCUAGACCUCAAUACCUAUGAUGAUGUGUCUAUGGAGAGAAGGCAAAGGUGCAAGCCACCAAAGAAGCACCAAGGACUGCCUGUUUGUUGUUGUCUGAGAAAUGAUAACAAAUGAACGACUCAGAAAGGAACAUGGUUGAAAGGACCAGUAAAUUUCUGUUGAUCGUCGUCGGAUCAGUGUUCUUCAUGCUGAUUUUGUAUCAGUACGUGGCGCCCGGAGUGAUCAACUUAGGCUCCCCGCACGGGUACCUUCUGGGCGAGGAGGACAUGACCAUUUUCCCCACUCCGGAUCCCCACUAUGUGAAAAAGUACUACUUCCCAAUAAAAGACCUAGAACGCAAUAUAGAUUUUGAAAUAAAGGGAGAAGACGUGAUUGUGUUUCUCCACAUCCAGAAGACCGGUGGGACCACAUUUGGAAGGCAUCUGGUCCAAAAUGUUCGGCUGGAGCUGCCGUGUGAUUGUAGACCGGGGCAGAAGAAGUGUACUUGUUACCGUCCAAACCGAAAGGAGACCUGGCUGUUCUCGCGUUUCUCCACCGGCUGGAGUUGCGGGUUGCACGCGGACUGGACCGAGCUCACCAACUGCGUACCGGGAGUUCUCAACAAAAAAGAGAGCAGAUCGAAAAAAAUGAGAAAAUUCUACUACAUCACUCUGCUGAGGGACCCUGUUUCUCGCUACCUAAGUGAAUGGAGACAUGUUCAGCGGGGGGCGACGUGGAAGACUUCCCUGCACAUGUGUGACGGACGAACGCCUACGCCUGAAGAGCUACCGCCAUGUUACGAGGGCACUGACUGGUCAGGAUGCACUCUGCAACAGUUCAUGGACUGCCCCUACAACCUCGCCAUUAACCGGCAAGUCCGUAUGCUCGCUGAUCUCAGCCUGGUGGGCUGCUACAACCUCUCCACAGUGCCAGAGAAAAGGCGUUCUCAGCUCCUUCUGGAGUCAGCCAAGAAAAACCUACGAGACAUGGCUUUCUACGGUCUGACGGAGUUCCAGCGAAAAACACAAUACCUGUUUGAACGCACCUUCCACCUCAAGUUCAUCCGACCAUUCAUGCAGUACAACAGCACGCGGGCAGCUGGCGUGGACCUGGAUAACGACAUGAUACAGCGCAUAGAGGAGCUAAACGAUCUGGAUAUGAAGCUGUAUGACUACGCCAAAGACCUGUUUCAGCAACGCUAUCAGUACAAGCACAUGUUGGACCGUCGGGAGCAGAGAUUACUGAGGGGACAAGCAUCUUUCCACAGCCUUUUCCGAGAGGAAGGAGCCAGGGGAGAGGGUACGGCACGCCUGCCUACUGAGGACUACAUGAACCACAUUAUCAAUGGGUGGUAACCACCCACCCCUCUCCAGAGAGAGAGAGAGAGAGAGACAGAAAAGAGGAACAGUAACAAGGAGAGGGGAAUAAACAAGCCCAAGUGGAAUACCCAUUCCCAGAUGGGAGAGGUCAACGUUUUGCACAAUCUCUCCCAUCGUUUGGUCGUUUAUACUCAAUACAAGCUGUAAUUUGGGACCAGAGAAGUUCUGUUAAAGCAGAAAUGAGUCUGUGAGCAUUCUGCGAAGCGCAGCAUGUCAUAGGCUUUUUAAAUAAACAUUCUAGCGUAAUGCUAAUAAUAAAUUAUUCUCCAAACAUCCAUCCAAGAACAUCUCUCUGGAACUCAGUGCUGCAGUUUUUCAUUUCACAUGAGAGUGAUUGAAGUGAAUGAAACAGGUAUUAUAUUACCUGAGAAUACCUGAUAUUCACAUGAAAAUCUGAGAAUCUGUAGACUUUCAUGAAAAUGAAAAGAGAUUGUUUUUAUAUAUAAAUAUGUAUAAAUCUUCGAUUGCCUUUUUUAAAAACCUGGUGUGAAGUGCAGCCAAUCACAAGUGAUUGCAAAUUACUAACAGGAGUUGUGACAAGAGUAUGUUUUUAUAGAUAUAUCAUAAUAUAUAACACAAGUUUGAGUGUGUCAAACAGAGUCCCACAUGCCCUGGAGAUUGUGUUAGCGAGAAAGCCAUUCCUGACAGUCACAUUAGCUCUGUUUUAAAACCCAGUGAGCUGUCUCCGGAGGUCCGACGCAAAGGCUGUCCCAAAUGGAAGGUAACUUAAAGGAAUAUUCUGGGUUCAAUACAAGUUAAGCUCAAUCAACAGCAUUUGCUGCAUAAUAUUGAUUAUCACAAAAAUAAAUUUUGACUUGCCCUUCCUUGUCAUUAAAAAAAAGCUAAAAUCUGGUUUACAUUGAGGCACUUACAAUGGAACUGAAUGGGCCCAAUCCGUAAACAUUAAAAUACUGUUUCAAAAGUAUAGCUACAAGACGAUAUGCAUAUUUACAUGAUUUUAGUGUGAUACAAUUGCUUACUAACCUUUUCUGUGUAAAGUUAUAGCUAAUUUGACAACUUCGUUGCCAUGAUGUCAAUGUCAACAAACCCUAAACCCUAAAACGACUGUAAAAAUGGUGAUUUAAACAAUUUUACAGCUCAAAUAAUACAUGGGUUUUAACAGAAGAAUUAAUGUACAAUAAGUGCUUUUAUAAAAUUAUAAGCUUCACAUUUCUGCCUUUUAAACCUUCCAAAAAUUGGCCCCAUUCAUGAGAGACGAGUCAAAAUAAUGUUUUUGUCGUAAUCAACGUGAUGUCACAAAUGCUUCACUUGUAUUGAACCUGGAAUAUUCCGUUAAGUUUUCUGCCUCUUGUUUUGGCCAAAUUCGAACAGUAUCGUAUGUAUUCUUCAUAGAGAAGAUAAUCCCAUAAAGCACUGUAAUGAGCUCUGUGAAAAAAUAUUUCAACUCGAUUCCAUGACAAGUUUAAAACUAUUUUAAAAAUAAAGUGCGCUGCACUUGAAGAGCGCUAUUUGUGUGGCAUGCAGAGUUGCGCCCUAUGUAGAGCAUUCCAAACCAGUCACUUAAAGGUGCACUUAGUAAUAUUCUUGUUUAUGUUGCGGUGACACCUAGUGUCGUAGAUGACGGAUCACGCAAAAACAGACGUUCUCAGUUACCGAUGUCAUUGCUAAAUUUAUUAAUUUAUUUUGUGAAUGAAAGUGUCCAAUUUCAAGGAAUUGUCGAGAUAAAGCGAGUAAUAUUCGUCUGGUCAAAUGAUCUCAACUUGGAGGCACUCAUGAAUGUGCGCCCAGCACCAUCUGUAGAAUCAAGCAACUAUUUCUCUUAGAAUGAUAUGACUACAGUCUUCAUCUCAUGUGAGUGUACAUCAUUUUAAACCUAUUUUUCAAAAAUACUAUUCUACUAUUACUAUUUUCUUCUGUUGAAAGGUUUAGCAGCAAAAAAUUGAGUGCACCUUUAAGAGGUUCCUUGUCGGUUAUAAUUCUGCCAUGGAAAGCAGCUGACUAUGUAGGCAGGAGGCAGCAAGACAGCUCUCUAGGUUUUGGAACAGAUCCACUGUAUCCAACUGAGUCAUUUCUGAUACCCACUGUGCCGACUAUGCCCUCUUGUACAAUUUUUUAAUAUAUUUUUUAAGCAUGUGCUGUUUAUACAGUGUGUACUGUUCUUGUUUGUUUUUGCACAUUUACAUUUGCUGUGAGAUUAAUCCUAAACACCCAACACAUUUUGCCUCUUGAAUUAUUUACCUUAAAUGAAAAAAAUAUAUUCUCUUAUUUGUUCAUUUGCUGAUUAUGAUUCACAUCUUAUGCCCUUGCUAAUUGUAGAGUUUGCGAUCAUGUCGAAUGUGUUAAUUGAACUUGCACUGAGCAUGUUGGGGCCGGACGUCUCCCACAGAUCUCGUUUGGUUCUGCAUUUGUUGUGGAUGUCUACAGAGGCUCCUUAACUCCCAUCUUCCCACCUCCUUUCAGCCGAAGCUAUUGAAGCCAUGUUUAGACCCAUUUGAUAAAGCCUUUAUAAAAGAGUGAAAUGGAUCAUAUGCUGUGUCUGGAUCUCAAACUGGCAGAAUAUGGAAGGAACCCUGCUUUAAUCGAGAGAAUUGAGUGGAAAAUGUUACCAUUAUGUUUUUAAAGAGUGUGUUUGUGUGUAUACGUUCAUGUAUACAAAUGUAUAUUUGUGUGUGUGUGUGGGUGUGUGAGCAAACUAUUUUGAGGUGUCUCCAGUUUGCUUCCCAACAAUGUUCAUUACUGUGAGUAUUUCUGUUAUUCAUAACACCUGGAUGUUUAAAAUUACCUAUUAAAAGAUAU